AUGAUACUUAUUGUUUUGUGGAAAAAGAAACCACGCUAUGAAAUCCGGUGGAAGGUUAUUGAAUCAGUCAGUUCUGACGGCCAUGAGUACAUCUACGUGGACCCUCUGCAGCUUCCAUAUGACUCCAGCUGGGAGAUUUCAAGAGAUAAAUUAGUCUUAGGUCGAACCCUUGGCUCUGGUGCAUUUGGUAGAGUUGUUGAAGCUACAGCUCACGGAUUAGGCCACGCUCAGUCCACCACAAAAGUAGCUGUGAAGAUGCUAAAAUCCACUGCCAGGAGUAGUGAGAAGCAAGCUCUCAUGUCUGAGCUGAAGAUCAUGAGUCAUCUAGGUCCACACCUAAAUAUCGUCAACCUGUUAGCUGCAUGUACAAAAGGAGGACCUAUCUAUAUAGUGACAGAAUACUGCAGAUUUGGAGACCUGGUGGAUUAUUUACACAGAAACAAACACACCUUCCUGCAGUACUAUGCUGACAAAAGUAGGAAAGAGAAUGAAGUCUACAGUAACACCUCCACGGGAGAAAGGAUGUCAAGCCACUUUUCAAUCCCGGUAGACAGUGAUGGAGGUUACAUGGACAUGAGCAAAGAUGAUAUCUACUAUGUACCUAUGCUGGACCUCAAAGAAGACAUUAAAUAUGCAGAGAUUGAGCCAUCUGGUUAUGGAACCACAUAUGAGCUGGAGAGUUACUCCACUUCCGCUCAUGAAAGGACCAAUUAUUCCACCUUAAUAAAUGAAUCACCAGUCCUCAGUUAUACUGAUUUAAUUGGAUUUAGCUACCAAGUUGCUAAUGGGAUGGAAUUUCUUGCCUCAAAGAAUUGUGUUCAUCGUGAUUUGGCUGCAAGGAAUGUCCUGAUCUGUGAGGGAAAACUGGUGAAGAUCUGUGACUUUGGCCUAGCCAGAGACAUCGUCAGAGACUCCAACUAUAUUUCCAAAGGCAAUACUUUCCUUCCUCUGAAAUGGAUGGCACCAGAGAGUAUAUUCAACAACCUGUACACGACUCUCAGUGAUGUGUGGUCUUUUGGAAUCCUCCUUUGGGAAAUAUUCACUUUAGGUGGAACGCCCUACCCGGAGCUGCCAAUGAAUGAGCAGUUUUACAAUGCUAUAAAGAGAGGCUAUCGGAUGUCAAGACCUUCUUACGCUUCUUCAGAGGAAAUCUAUGAAAUUAUGCAGAAAUGUUGGGAUGAGAAAUUUGAGAAGAGGCCAUCCUUCACAAACCUAGUGGAUAUGACAGGAAAUCUUUUAGUUGAGGGUUACAAACAGAGAUACAAACAAGUGAAUGAAGAGUUUUUAAGAAGCGACCACCCCGCUGUUGUUCGUGUCAGACCCAGAAUGGCAAAAAUGAAUAACGGGGGAGAAAGCAUUACAAAUAUUUUGUAUUCAGCCCGUGCAACCAAAUGA